AGUGAGAGUGAGAGAGAGAGAGAGAGAGAGAGAGAGAGAAUGGUCCAUCUGAGUCUACGGUUCACCGACUUCCACAGCAGCCGUGUUAGAUAAGGAGAAGGAUCGAGGGGGGAGAGAGAGAGAGAAAUAUUCCCUUCUCUCAGUUCCCUCGUUAGAAUUUUGGAUCGCAUUUCAUCGUCAAGCCAGGCCUCGAGUCAAUCCUCUUGUGCACUCCUCGCGUUUCACAUGUCAACCCACUUUAAUUUCUUACAAAAUAUCUCUGCUCUUCUUCAAUAUCGCCGCAUCCAUCUCCAGCACUAGCAAGCACCAAAAGAGACCUAUAUUUCUUCUUCUUCUUCUUCUUCUUUUCUUAAGACACAAAUUGGUUAGCUUCAACCAGCCGCCAGUGCUCCUCCCCUUCCACCUCCAGAGCUUCAAGAGUGCUGGUUCAGUGUACCCCUAUUCCCGCUUUGGUUCCUCAAAAUUCAGUUUCGAAACAUGAUUCCCGUAGAAUCCAUUUCUGUUGCUUCUGCCCAUAACACCUUGGUCGACCCGAGCUCGAACCCUAACCCUAAUUCAAAUCCUGUCAAGAAAAGGAGGAAUCUCCCGGGAACGCCAGAUCCGGGCGCGGAAGUGAUAGCACUGUCACCCAAGUCUCUCAUGGCGACGAACCGUUUCGUAUGCGAAAUCUGCAACAAGGGCUUCCAGAGAGACCAGAAUUUGCAGCUGCACCGCCGCGGGCAUAAUCUUCCGUGGAAGCUCCGCCAGAGAACCAACAAAGAAGUGAGGAAGAAGGUGUAUGUUUGCCCUGAGAAGACUUGCGUGCACCACGACCCCUCCAGAGCCCUCGGAGACCUCACCGGGAUUAAAAAACACUACAGCAGAAAGCACGGCGAGAAGAAGUGGAAGUGCGAAAAAUGCUCCAAGAAGUAUGCGGUUCAGUCCGAUUGGAAAGCCCACAGUAAGAUUUGUGGAACUAGAGAAUAUAAAUGUGACUGUGGCACCAUUUUCUCCAGGAAGGACAGCUUCAUAACGCACAGAGCCUUCUGUGAUGCCUUGGCCGAAGAAAGUGCGAGAGCAAUAACAACAGUACCUUCAACUUUUACUAACUUGAGAAAUGAUCAUUUGAUGAGCAUGAACCACCAAACACCACGGAUAAUCCCAGAGAUAUUUCCAGGGCUUCAUCCAGAAAUUGGGGGUGCUGAAGGAGCGUUGGGGAAUUUUGGUCAGCUCAAUCAUCACUCAGCGUCGGAAGCAAUUUGAAUUCCCGCUUUCCAGAUUUAGUUCAAGGGAUGGACAUGUUUGGGACAUCAACGCAGACACAGUGGGUUAACGCAGAAGCAUCAAUUACUAGUGCCAACAAUCUGUGCGUGUCUGGAAUAGUGCCACACGGCUGAAGCAAGAGCCAGAAGAAAACAAAGUAGAGUUGUCGCAUAGCAUAGGCGCUUUAUACUCCAGUCACCAGAUUCAGAACCCACAAGCAGGAGGGACGAGUCACAUGUCAGCCACUGCACUCCUGCAGAAAGCAGCUCAAAUUGGAUCAACUACCACUAACAAUGUCAACACUUCCUCCUCCUUCAACUCUAUCGACCACUUUGGAUUGAUGGGCUCGGCUGUUCUGAACUGGUCCAGCAACACCAACGUUGACCUUCACAAAAUUUUCAAGCAACCGAAUAUCAAAAGUACCAACCUUGGAGGUGGGACGUUUCUGUUAAAUGACUCGAGCUCAAGACCGUUCACUAGCACCGCCAAGGGUUUGCGUUCAAGCUCGAACCAGGAGGAGCUAGGUCUGACCAGAGACUUUCUGGGAGUUGGAGGGGACUCCAUGAGCGGACCCUUUCUGGAGCAAGAGUUAGCCAAGUUCAAUGCACAAGGCUCGGCCUCGGCCUUAGACCUCAGCCAGUACGGUGCGCAUCAGUGAUCCAUUAUAAGUUAUGACCUUCGACUAGUGAAGCAGCUUAGGGAAGCUAGUUAUGCCCUAUGGUAGCCAGGCACGCGUUUGAGGCUGGAAGCAAGCGAGUCGACCGACUCGGCCACGGACGCGGAGAUAAACAAGAGAGAAUGUAACUAUUAUAUUUUUAGUAUACCUCCAACUAUUUUAUCCCGAAUUUUAUCUCUUCAAGUACGCAGGUCUCAGCUUAUUGAUUU